AUGAACACAUAUCUCCUGCUUGGCUUGCUGCUGGGAUUCUUUUCUCUACCUGGAGUCUUGCUGGUGGAUUUAGUUUUCCGAUGUCCAAGUUGCACGGCAGAGGAUCUUUAUCUGUGUCCCAACGUGACCCCAGGAUGUAUGGAGGUGGUGAGGGAGCCUGGCUGUGGCUGCUGCCCAGUGUGCGCCAGGCUGGAGGGGGAGCCCUGUGGGGUCUACACCCCGAGGUGCGCCACUGGCCUCAGGUGCUACCCCGGCGUGGACGCUGACUUUCCUCUACAGGAGCUCCUCCAUGGUACAGGCCGGUGCAGACAGAGGUUAGACCUGGAUGUCACAACCAAUGGAAACUGGCAGCCAAUGUAUGAGGGACACGAGACUGGAAUUUCGCCCACCAGGAGACCUCUCCUAGACUCUCGGUUCUGGCAGGAGCUGGCCCGGAAACAGCACCAGACUGAGCUCAAAACCAAAAUGAAGGAGGAUCGAGUCCAGAAAGAAUCACAGAGCGCCUGUCACCAGGAGCUGGACCAGGUCUUGGAGGAGAUCUCCAAAAUGACCUCUGAGGACAACAGAGGCCCUCUGGAGGACCUGUACGGGCUCAAAUUUCCAAACUGUGACAGAGAUGGGCUGUACAACCUCAAACAGUGCAACAUGUCGACCCACGGCCAGCGGGGCGAGUGUUGGUGUGUAAACCCCCUAACCGGGCACCAACUACCGGAGACACCUAGAAUCCGAGGGGAUCCACACUGCAACCAGUUCCAGGAGGAGCUCAGAGUGAUGCCCACCCCAACGUCCCGCUAACUAAGUCUGGCUUAGUUUUCAGUUUAC